UCUUUCUGUGCGAAAUAAUAGGGGAUUUCUAACAUUAAUUCCUAAAACAAACAUUACCACUUCUCUCGUACUUCUAUCAAGGAAUUCCACUGGCCUCGCAUCUACAUCACAAACGUUUUCUAUAUAGGUAGGUAGACAUCGAAGACAAUCGGCGGUUGAUUUGUAAACCAUGAAAUUGAUACUUUUUUUGGUCUUUCCUUGCCUACUUGUUAGCGGUGACCAACAAAAUGGAACAAAGAGUAAAGAUGAAGAAUUACCAAUGGCGAGUUUCAUAAGUUCGAAUGUGGAUGGAUUUGUGCAAGAAUCAACUAAUUCAACAAGCUCCGAUAAUUUAGCUACAAAUUGUGAUUGUAAGUGUAAAAGUGAUGAAAAUACGAUUGAUAUACAUGGAACCGACUAUUGUAUCGACGAUUUUUGUUGCACUUCAAAAUCCAUUAAAAGAGAAGUCGGAUGUGGAAGAAGACGACAAGGAAGUGCUACUGUGCAUGUGAAUGAGGCAUCAAUGGGAGAAUUCCCAUGGAUGGUUGCCAUGCUACGCGAGAAGGAUGCGGCCGGUGAAAUAAGCGAAACUCUCCACUGUGGAGCUUCCCUUAUACAUCCCCAAGUUGUCUUAACAGCCGCCCAUUGUGUGCAUAACAAAAAUGAUUCGUAUAAAAUUCGUGCCGGGGAAUGGGACAUCAGCGGCACUAAUGAAUUAUAUCCUCAUCAAGAUAGAGAAAUCAAGGAAACCAUUGUUCAUCCCCGUUACCACAGCGGUACACUUUUUUAUGAUGUUGCGUUGUUGGUACUCGAGUCGCCAGUGCAACUCACAGAAAACGUAGACGUCGUUUGUCUACCCGAUAAAAGUACGGUGGUAUCGAGCAAUCUAUUUUGUUACGGCACAGGGUGGGGACGUAAAGUAUUUACAGAAGAAAAGACUAACAGCACCAUAUUAAAGAAAGUUGAGUUGGCCGUCGUCGAUCGAGAGGCAUGCUUAAAACGCCUUAAAUCAACUCGUUUGGGAUCCCAUUUCAAACUACAUGAAACGUUCAUCUGCGCUGGUGGCGAGAUUGGUUUAGACUUGUGCAAAGGGGAUGGAGGUGGUCCAUUAGUCUGUCCGGUUCCUGACGAAGACGGGCGGUUCUAUCAAGCUGGAAUUGUGGCCUGGGGCAUUAACUGCGGCGAAGACAUUCCUGGAGCUUACGUUGACAUCGUUAAGGUCAUCGAUUGGAUUGACGAUAUAAUGAUUUCUCAACAUUUUGAUACCACUAUUUAUCACUAUUAGCGUUCGUGUAUAAUUUAUGAAUAAACUACCAUAACAUUUACAUGAC